AUGUCUUGCCUUUACUACCAAUUAUUUAAUGAAGCAUUUACAAGUUUUGUCUUUCAAGUCUAUGAUAUUAUAUAUUUAAUUUUAGCACCGAUCAGUUGUUUCAUAGCUGGUACACCGAUUCUACUUGCCGACGGUAAGUCUACAAUAGCUGUAGAACAGGCAAGAAUAAAUAUGACAUUGUUCGGUGUUAACGGUGAAAUAAACAGAGUCAUUGCUCUACGAUCACAAGUUCUCAAUGGUCGUUCUCUUUAUGGCAUGAAUGGAGAGCGUCCAUUUGUGACACCUGAUCAUCCAUUUAUGUCACCAUACAACAGCUCUGUUCGACUUGUAUUCGAUGCCAAAUAUGUGCGUCAUGGACGGCCAGAUCUAAAACCUGACACUAUUCAACAAAUUGAAGUGGGCACAAAGCUAGUCCGCUACAAUUCUACAAGUGGACAAUUUGAUAUUGUGAGAGUGAAUUCAAUCGUUACAGACGAGUACCCAUCGGUGAACACCAGUAUCUAUCAUUUUGUUACGGACUCACCAAGUGGGGUACUAGGUAAGUGA